AAUCCGAGAAAUCUGGUACCGGUACCGAGCAUACUGGUACAGCUACCGUUCUGUUUAGCUGGUACCGUUAGUACCGGUACUGGUACCGGCACUGAUCAGCUGGUCGGGUUCAGAGCGGCAGCAUCGGCACGGAGAGAAGGAUAUUUUGCCUCGCCGCCACACGCCCCUGCACCCUCCAGACACACACACCCGGGCAUAAAGUAUCAGGCACACGCGUGUUCAUUGUUUGUCACUGUCUGCCAGGCCAAUAUGUUGUCCAGGGCAGCUGGCGGGGGCGGGCAGCGCCUGCUGUUUGCUCGCAGGGGCUGUUCCUAUGCCGCCUCGCUCUCCACCGCGGCGGGGCACAGCGUCAUCACGAUGGACAACAUGAAUCCGCAGGUCAAGAAAAUGGAGUACGCCGUGAGGGGGCCGCUGGUCAUACGCGCCACGGAGAUAGAAAAAGAAUUACAAGCGGGCAUAAAGAAGCCAUUCAAGACUGUCACCAAGGCCAACAUAGGUGAUGCUCAUGCCAUGGGCCAGAAACCUAUCACCUUCCUCAGACAGGUGCUGUCACUCUGCUCAAUGCCCAGCUUAUUAGAAGACUCCAGCUUUCCUGAGGAUGCCAAGAUGCGGGCCCGAUGCAUCUUAGAGGGGUGUAAAGGGAGUUCUCUUGGCUCCUACAGUGACUCUCCUGGCAUUGAGAUUAUUCGACGGCAUACUGCAGACUACAUAGAGCAAAGGGACGGCCAUCCAGCAUCUUGGGAGAAUGUUGUGCUCUGCGCCGGGGCAUCAGAAGGCAUCAGGAGCAUUAUGAAGCUGAUGAUAAAGUAUGAGAAGGGAGCCAGGCCGGGUGUCAUGAUCCCCAUCCCUCAGUACCCUCUCUACUCUGCCACCAUAGCCGAGUAUGAUCUCCACCAGAUUGGCUACUACUUGGAUGAGUCCACCAACUGGGGCCUUGACAUUGCUGAGCUUGAGCGAUCAUACACAGAAGCCCAAAAAGUGUGUCAACCAAAGGCUCUGGUGGUGAUCAACCCUGGCAACCCUACUGGUAAUGUGUUGCCCCGGGAGAACAUUGAAGCAGUCAUCAAGUUUGCCUACGAGAAGAAACUCUUCUUGUUUGCUGAUGAGGUUUACCAAGACAAUGUUUAUGCUGAUGGGUGCAAGUUCCACUCAUUCAAGAAGGUUCUUGUGGAGCUUGGUGAACCCUACUGUCACAUGGAGCUGGCCUCCUUCAUGUCCUGUUCCAAAGGCUACAUGGGAGAAUGUGGUCUCCGGGGAGGCUAUGCAGAGAUCAUCAACCUCGACCCACAGGUGAAAGCCAUGUACCUCAAGAGUAUCUCGGCUAAACUCUGUCCAACUACUUUAGGCCAGGCCGUAAUGGAGUGUGUUGUCAAUCCACCGCGUGAGGGUGAAGCAUCUUACCAGCAGUUUAUAUCAGAGAAGACUGCUGUGUUAUCAUCCCUCGCCCAGCGUGCCAAGAUGGUGGUGGAAACAUUCAACUCAGUGCCUGGCAUGUCUUGCAACACUGUGCAAGGGGCCAUGUAUGCCUUCCCGCAGAUCCAGCUCCCACCACGGGCCAUAGAGGCAGCUAAGGCAGCAGGUCAAGCCCCAGAUGUGUUCUAUGCCUUCCAGUUGCUUGAGAACACUGGCAUAUGUAUUGUUCCAGGCUCUGGGUUUGGUCAACGCCCUGGAACUUAUCAUUUUAGAACCACAAUCCUGCCACAGCCAGAAAUGCUCAGCACCAUGCUUGAGAAAUUCAGGGAAUUCCACACCAACUUUGUCAAGCAGUACCAGUGAAGAGGAAAGACACCUUUAAUUUUAUUGCCUGCUGCUGAGUCUCCUACCUGUACCAGCUGUCCUCUCACACACACACACACACACACACACACACACAUACACACACACACACACACACACACACACACACACACACACACACACACACACACACACACACACACGUGUGCGCCCACUCACACACACCGCUCCAAUAGUUCAGUGGACAAAGGCUCUGGCCUGGCAGGCUGAGGUUCGAGCCUCACUCAGACCAAGAUUUUUCCGCUGACAAGGAGCAAUUAUACUGUCCCCCCUUGAGCAAGGGGGAUGGGGUGUUUGAUGUUUGAAGUUCCUGGCAGUACCUGGACAUCAACUGCAAUGAGCUUUCUCUAAUCAGGAGAGUACUUCUAUCUAUCUAUAUCUCCUAAGCCUUGUUCCCUCAUGGGAAAUUCCCUCCAGGGGGUGGCCACGGCAGAAGUGUCUCCAUCUCUCCCUGUUCUGACACUUCCUCUCAGCACAUUUAAUCCUGCUUCUUCCAACUCUCUCACUCCAAUACUCACUCACCCUAUUGAUCACCUUCACAGGUGGUCUUCCCCUGACACCCCCUCCCUCAUACACUCUUCAUGAAUUCAUUCUCCUCCAUUCUCAUCACGUGUCCAAACCAUCUCAAUUGAGGAUACUUGCUGACGAUAAUGAGUCCAGUUCAUGAUCAGGCCAUGGUAAAUUACUCACACACACACACACACACACACAAUGAACUACAAACCUGCUCCCACUAAUGCUCCUUUCACAGCGCAUCAUUCUUCACAAUCACACGCAACUAAUACUUAGUCUGCACCUGUUACUCUUGGCACAAGUUUAUAGUUUUGUUUGUCACCUUAUACGAAGAUGCUCUCUCGCUGUAAAUAUUUUGUUUAAAUAUCUUCUCCCCCCCCUUGUUUUUCUAUCUGUAAGAAACAACCCAUAACAGCUCAAGCUUGAAAGUAUCUCCUCCAUAAUUUCUACUGCUCCAAGGCUCGUGACCUUUCAAAAUUAAAUCUCCUGUAUGUAGUCGUUGUCAGUUUUCCCAAUACUUGUUCUAUCUAGCAGCACAUAUCUUGUCAGGGCUCUUGAAAUUUGAAUACUUAGCUGUUAUUGACCAAAACUAGACCAGAUUGUUAAACUCUUGACAUUCCAAUAGAUUAUACCAGGCAGCAUGUACAUGUCUCAGGUCUCAAGGCACUCUAUGCUUAAUUGAGCUAUCAUAGUCCAUCCAAGUAAUAGAUCUGAACUGCCAUGGUAAGUAUUCGUACCUCGGCAGUAAAUCUGAGCCUACUUUUAGGGUGCCGUCUGUAAAUCUAUUGCUUGUGUAUGGUCCAGUAGGUUCAGAGGACAGCUUAUUUCAAUGUCAAGCUUCUACUAAGACUAAGUUUUGGCACCAUUCCUAGAAGGGUGACGGGGACUUCGUGGUGCAGUGGUUAGCACACUCGGCUCACAACAGAGAGAGCCCCAUAUAGGAGCAUGUGGUAGCCUUGUUUGCAUGCACAUAAAGCUACUGAGUGACUCCGUGGACAGCAGUCAACCCAUGUUAGGAAGAGAUCCAGACAACAUACAGUCCAUGGAGGCAGGAGAGAAGAAAGCGUUGCAAGUAGGCGGUGGCUGAGUGGUAGCGUGCUGGGCCCACAUUCACCGCAUGAUGGACGACGCGGGUUCGAAUCCCCACGCUACCACCUGGGAUUUUUCAGUCACCGCCGAGUGGCUUAAAACUACCCACAUGCUGUCCUGAAGACCACCCAUCAACCCGGACUCUAGAGGAAACUGUCCAAGUGAAUCAAGAACGAGUUCCGGGGGGCAGCAUGAGCCAAGAGAAGAUGGCGCCACUAUAAACACCUGCCUGCGCCAUGACGGGCUGGGGCCAACUACCAUCUAGGCCCCUCAAGAAAGCCUACCAGAGGCAAGAAGAAACUAAAGUUCAUCAGAGUAUGAGCCAGGAGGACAUUAGCAAAUCUGGCAACAGUGAGGGAGGUUGUGUCUCCUGAUUCCCUUGCCUUUGAGAGAAUAAUACCCUGCAAAAGGGGGGACCAGGUACAAGCUAAAUCUCUAAAAUGUCUUGUGAAUACCACAUGUUAUGGUACCCUCGUCCAACCAAGCCUCGAAGCGCGCCAUCAAUCAACAUCACCUCAACAAUAACUAAUUCAUGCACGAAUCCUCGAAGCCCCAGCAGCACCAGCUCACUUACUCGAGGACUCGUGACUCUCCGCAUCAAAGCUUCACCCACCAUCCGGUUGAAUGUCACGAAGCCUCACACUCACGGACCGUCUUGCCCGCCGAGAUUAUAAGUAUACCUCCAACUGCUCACCCCAGCAGUCUCAAUCUGAGGUAGCUCACUCUCCCGAGGACGCAAGGACUCAUCACCAGUCGUGAGCCACCGGGAUUCACCAAGGGGUCUGACACACACACUCACAUUCACACACACACAUCUAUCCACAUACACAUUCUCACGUGUAUAUAUAUUUGGUUCCUCAUUUGUAACUCUAACUCUAACUAACCAUUUCAGUGAACCAAACCACUUACCCUUGUCAUUGUAACAUUGCCUAUUUUGUCUUAUAUGUUCUCUUCUGAUGUCAAGUAAUUAUUUGUUUUAUUAGCUUAAGUAUUAAUAAUAAGUAAAAUCAC